CGGCCAUCCACAGCGGCAGUGCCUCUCGUGGCGGGUGGAACAAGCGCAGCACGCUCAGCACGCUCUGCGCCUGCAACGUUGGCAGUGUCUCGUGCGGCGUCCGUUCGGAAUUCGGGAACCGCCCCUAGCAGCGAGAGUGAGUCGGUACUACCAUGCCCGAGGAGUCUAACAAGGCGGCUGGCGACACUCUGGAGACGAGCGCACUUGAUAAGACCGAGAUGAGCGAGACGUCGUCUAACAAGCAGCAGCAGCAACCGCAUGCGAGCCCAUCGUCGCUGAAGCGGCACCUGCGAAAGACCUACGGCCGCCGCCCCAUGGAGAUGGUGAACCGCUACUUCCGCUCCAUGUUUGACCUCGCCUCGUACGCCAACAACGCGGCGUUCCUGAUGCGUUGCCGUGCUAUGCGGGUCGUGCCACGAGCCUACCGCGUCGAAAGCCGCAGCAUCAAGAACACCCGGCACGUGAUGCGCAUCUUGGACGAAUGCAGCUACAGGCUCAUGCUUGCCGACCUCGACUACAACCGCCUGCGAAAGGUACAGGUGUCGCGUCUCCUUGAGCGUCUGCACGAGAAGCUAGAGAAAAUCAUGUCCCCGGAAGACCUGAGGAGCGUGGUGCUCCUGGCCAAGGGCAAGUACGAGACUGUGUUCGAGGCCACCAGGGACAAACAGCGUGCCAUGUUCAACGACCUCCUCAAAGAGUACGACAUCGAGCCGAACAAGAAGACCGCCACCACCGAGGGAAACGAAGAAUGACGCGGCGGCCGGCUCUUCAGGGGUGAGCCGGCUCGAGCCUUCAUUCGCCCUCCAUUUUUUUUUUUUACUUCAUCUUCCUCGUCGGUGUUGCAAGACGAGCGCGCCAAGACCAAGCUGACCGGCCAGGGUUAUGGAUCGGAGUGUCCCUGAAGUUACAAGGAAGUGAUGCAUGGCCAAGGUGAACUUCCUCGGACUCCGACGAACAAAGCAAGCUUGGGACCCUUUUUUUUUGUUUUUUUCCUUUGUUACAUUGGCGUUGCUGGUUAACGUUAAAAAAAAACUGAACGCGAGCACUAAGUGCUUUACUGUCGACGUAGUAAAAGCACCGGCCCGUUCUGGGUACGCUCCUGUUGCUGAAUAAAAGGUUUUUGUUACAUUGGCGUUGCAGGUUAACGUUAAAAAAAAAAAAAACUGAACGCGAGCGCCAUGUGCUUUACUGUCGACGUGGUAAAAGCACCUGCCCGUUCUGGGUACGCUCCUGUGGCUGAAUAAAAGGCUUGUUGAUUUA